CAAGGUUUUUGUGUUUUUGUCACUUAAACCUGGCGCUCUCUCCCGUCGCCUUCCUCGAUCUCGGCUUUCCUCUGCGCGACAAAAGCCUGCCUUUUGCCUUACAACUCGCCGCUUGUUCUCGUCUUUAUAUCGUCGUGUUCUGUGUCCGGACUCUUCUGGAUUGCUCUUGCUUCUUUCCUACUCUGCUGAUUGUCCGCAGUCGCCAUGGAGGCAAUCCUCAACUUCGACCAGCCCGUCGACAUCGACCUGCUCGACAAGGUCGUCGCGGCUUUCUUCACCGGUCCGCCUGAUCUCCAAAAACAAGCUCAGGCCGUACUCACCCAGUUCCAAGAUCAUCCUGACGCCUGGCAGCGCGCAGAUCAGAUCCUGCAGCAGUCAAACAACCCACAGACAAAAUACAUUGCGCUUUCUGUUCUUGAAAAGCUUAUCAAGACAAGAUGGAAAGCCCUUCCCGAAGAUCAACAACUCGGAAUUCGCAACUUCAUUGUCUCGAUGUGUAUCACCAUGUCUGAGGAUCAGCACACUUUUCGCACGCAAAGAUCUCUAGUUAACAAGUGCAACUUGACCCUCGUCGAGAUCAUCAAGCAAGAGUGGCCUGGAAAAUGGGAUGGCUUUGUGUCUGAGGUUGUCCAGUCCAGUCGCGCUUCGUACGCUGCCUCGCGCCAACCGGGCGGAAAGGUCCCCAACGUGUGCGAAAACAACAUGACAAUCCUCAGACUGCUCUCUGAAGAAGUCUUUGAUUUCUCGGCAGACCAAAUGACACAGAAGAAGGCUGCCAAACUCAAGAAAGAGAUGUGCGAAAAAUUCUCUGAAAUACACAAUCUUUGCUACGAAGUUCUUGAAUCAGCCACCUCGUCUUCGCUGGUUAUCGCCACCCUACAGUCACUGCUUCGCUAUCUUUACUGGGUGCCCUUUGGCUACAUUUUCGAGACUGGAAUCAUCGAGCUCUUGCUAUCGCGCUUCUUAGUCGUGGACGAGUACAGAAACCUUGCGCUCAAGUGUCUGACCGAAAUCUCGGGACUCGAGGCGCCGCAGUACGACCAACAGUUCCUAACGCUCUUCCUGCGAACCAUGGAAACCAUCAACACCUAUCUCCCCCUUUCGACCGAUUUCAAAGAGUGGUAUGAUGUCGCGGGAACAAGAGAUCAAGAACUUCUACAAAAUCUAGCGAUUUUCCUCACAGCUUUUUUGACUCACCACUUGAAGCUUAUUGAGCAGCAUGAGAGCAAGGACAUUUUGGUCAACUCGCAUCUAUUCCUCAUCAAGAUCUCGCAGAUCGACGAGCGAGAGAUAUUCAAAGGAUGUCUCGACUACUGGGCGCGACUUGUGCUUGAGCUUUACGAGGAAGUACAGCAGCUGCCCAUUAACGAGAUGAACCCGCUUAUGCAACUGAACUUUGCUUCUCCCGCCGGCGUGUUUGCCAAUGGCGGCGCUGCGCACCCAGAUCUACUCCAAAACUAUGAUCUGCGGAAACACAUGUACAGCCAGGUUUUGUCGGCUCUUCGGCUAGUGAUGAUUGAGAAGAUGGUGAAGCCUGAGGAGGUUUUGAUUGUCGAAAACGACGAAGGUGAGAUUGUGCGCGAAUUCGUAAAGGAGAGCGACACAAUCACGCUGUACAAGAGUAUGCGCGAGGUACUGGUUUACCUGACUCAUCUUGAUGUCGUCGAUACCGAAAUCAUCAUGACGAACAAGCUUGCCCGGCAAAUCGACGGCAGCGAAUGGUCAUGGAACAACCUAAACACUCUAUGUUGGGCGAUCGGUUCGAUCUCGGGUGCUAUGAACGAGGAGAUGGAGAAGCGGUUUUUGGUAACUGUUAUCAAGGAUCUUUUGGGACUGACCGAGAUGAAGCGUGGCAAGGAUAACAAGGCCGUUGUCGCGUCGAACAUCAUGUAUAUCGUCGGACAGUACCCGAGAUUUUUGAAGGCGCACUGGAAAUUCCUCAAGACGGUCGUGAACAAGCUGUUUGAGUUUAUGCACGAGACUCACGAAGGUGUGCAGGACAUGGCGUGCGAUACGUUUAUCAAGAUUGCGCAGAAAUGCAAGCGUCAUUUUGUGGCACAGCAGGCUAAUGAGGUCGAGCCAUUUAUUGACGAGAUUGUGCGCACUCUGGGCAAGAUUACUUCGGAUCUGCAACCCCAGCAGCUUCAUACUUUCUAUGAGGCCUGUGGAUACAUGAUCUCUGCACAGCCGGCGCGCAACAUCCAAGAGCGGUUAAUACAGGACCUGAUGGCGAUGCCGAACGCUGCUUGGGACUCAAUCAUAGAACAGGCCGGCCAGAAUCCUGAGAUUUUGUCCGACACAAACACGAUCAAGGUGUUUGCCAACAUCAUGAAGACCAAUGUUUCUGCCUGCACGUCUAUGGGCGCGUGCUUCUAUCCGCAGCUCGCGAGAAACUAUAUGGACAUGCUGGGACUGUACAAGGCGGUCAGUCAGAUGAUUUCAGAGUCGAUUGCCGCGCAGGGCACAAUUGCGACAAAGACACCGCGCGUGCGCGGAUUACGGACUGUGAAGAAGGAGAUCUUGAAGCUUGUUGAGAUGUACGUCAGCAAGGCUGAGGACCUUGAGGCCGUCAAUAACAAUCUUUUGCCACCCCUUCUCGAGGCCGUUCUUGGCGAUUAUAACCGCAAUCUGCCAGACGCGCGUGAUGCGGAAGUUCUCAAUUGCAUGACCACAGUCGUUUCUCGACUUGAGGGACUUGUUACCGAGAAGGUUGUUGUUAUUCUGGAGAACGUAUUUGAAUGCACUCUCGAGAUGAUCAACAAAGACUUUACAGAGUACCCCGAGCACCGUGUCGAGUUUUUCAAGCUGCUUCGCGCGAUCAACUUGCACUGCUUCCCUGCUCUGCUGAAACUGCCAGGGCCUGUGUUUGGGUACGUGGUUGACGCGUGCCUGUGGGCGAGCAAACACGAUAACCGUGAGGUCGAAGCUGCAGGACUCAAUAUUUGUAUCGAGCUGAUCAACAAUAUCUCAGAGUCUGACCCGCAGAUUGCAGACGCGUUUUACCAGACGUUCUUCAUCCGGAUUCUGCAGGACGCGUUCUUUGUGCUGACGGACUCGGAUCACAAGGCUGGUUUCAAACUGCAGGCGUAUCUUUUAUCGAGAAUGUUUGAUCUGGUGGGGUCCGGCCGGAUCACCGCGCCUUUGUACAAAGCCGAUCAGGCUCCUCCCGGAACUUCAAACACGGAUUUCCUGCGCGAGUAUUCAUCGACGAUGUUGAUGAACGCGUUCCCGCAUUUACAACGGGCGCAGGUCGACAACUUCGUGAUGGGCCUGUUCAGCUUAACGGGCAACCAGAACCGGUUCAAGCUUAACCUGAGAGACUUCUUGGUGCAAAUCAAGCAGUACGGCGGCGAUUCGACUGAUUAUUUGUACGCUGACGAUAAGGAGCUCGAGAUGGAGGAGAAGCAGAGGCUUGAGCGAGAAAAGGCCAUGAAGGUCGGUGGUCUGUUGAAGCCCAGUGAGAUGGACGAGGACUAGAAGUCUUUUCUGAUGGUCUGGCGCGAAUAUGAUUGAAAAUUUGAAGAAUUUAGGGAUAUUACUGCUGAGAGAAAGAUAAAAAAACAAAAGGAUUAUGAUAUAUACGGUGCCUAU